ACAGCUCCGCUAUUGUCUCGGGCGAGCGGGGCUGCGAGUGCGGUGUGUGCGGGCUCACAGCCUCCUGCCCGCCGCUAGCGCAGAGAGGACAGCGGCCUGCCCUAGCACGCGGAUUUAAACACAGCCUCCUGCCUUUUGCUUCCUGUACAAGGACCUUCCUUCCCUGCGGUUGCAAGGAAAAGCUGUCUGCGGUGUGGAGCGGAGCAGAGGAGGAGAGAGGAGAAUCUGGCAGCUUGGAUAGCCUGGACUGCAUUGUCUGGCUUCAUGACCCCUGCUGUGUAGCAGUCUCAUCCCCUCUCUCAUACGCUCCCUCUGUCUUCCACUCUUUUUUUCUUCUUUCCUUUUUAAAAUAGCAGCAUCUCGGGCGAGCCAUGUUUGGCACUGAAUCGUCAUUGAGUAUGUUCUUGAACACAUUAACCCCCAAGUUCUAUGUUGCCCUGACAGGCACAUCCUCAUUAAUCUCAGGACUUAUUUUGAUCUUCGAGUGGUGGUACUUCCGCAAGUACGGCACCUCCUUCAUCGAGCAGGUCUCGGUGAGCCACCUGCGCCCCCUGCUGGGCGGGGUGGACAACAGCGCGCCCAGCGCCGCCAGCGCCGCGGGCGGGGACGCGGACUCGAACCGCCAGAGCGUCUCAGAGUGCAAAGUCUGGCGAAAUCCCUUAAAUCUGUUCAGAGGAGCUGAAUAUAAUCGGUACACAUGGGUAACAGGAAGAGAACCUUUGACUUACUACGAUAUGAAUCUUUCAGCACAGGACCAUCAGACAUUCUUUACCUGUGACACAGAUCAUUUACGGCCUGCAGAUGCUAUAAUGCAAAAAGCCUGGAGAGAGAGAAACCCUCAAGCCCGAAUUUCUGCAGCACAUGAAGCUUUGGAAUUGAAUGAGUGUGCUACUGCUUAUAUUCUCUUAGCUGAAGAGGAAGCAACAACAAUUGUAGAGGCAGAGAAGCUGUUCAAGCAGGCUCUGAAAGCUGGAGAGGGCUGUUACAGGCGCAGCCAGCAGCUACAGCACCAUGGUGCCCAAUAUGAAGCCCAACACAGAAGGGACACCAAUGUGUUAGUAUAUAUUAAAAGAAGGCUGGCAAUGUGUGCAAGGAAGCUGGGAAGGACCAGGGAAGCAGUGAAAAUGAUGAGAGAUUUGAUGAAGGAGUUUCCCCUGCUCAGCAUGUUCAACAUCCACGAAAACCUGCUAGAGGCUUUGCUGGAACUGCAAGCAUAUGCAGAUGUCCAGGCAGUCUUAGCAAAGUAUGAUGAUAUAAGUUUACCAAAAUCAGCAACAAUAUGCUACACAGCUGCAUUGCUCAAAGCCAGAGCUGUCUCUGACAAAUUUUCUCCAGAGGCUGCUUCAAGACGAGGGCUGAGCACUGCAGAGAUGAAUGCAGUAGAAGCUAUUCACAGAGCAGUAGAAUUUAAUCCACAUGUGCCAAAAUAUCUACUAGAAAUGAAAAGCCUAAUUCUGCCCCCUGAACAUAUUCUGAAGAGAGGGGACAGUGAAGCAAUAGCAUAUGCUUUCUUUCAUCUUCAACACUGGAAAAGAGUAGAGGGGGCAUUGAACCUCUUACACUGUACAUGGGAAGGCACUUUCAGAAUGAUCCCCUAUCCACUGGAAAAAGGACAUCUUUUCUACCCUUACCCUAUUUGUACAGAAACUGCAGAUAGAGAACUACUACCAUCAUUUCAUGAGGUUUCAGUUUAUCCCAAGAAAGAGCUUCCCUUCUUCAUCCUCUUCACUGCUGGACUCUGUUCUUUCACAGCCAUGCUCGCCCUCCUGACACAUCAGUUCCCAGAGCUCAUGGGGGUCUUUGCAAAAGCUUUUCUCAGCACCCUCUUCGCCCCUUUAAAUUUUGUGAUGGAAAAAGUGGAAAGUAUCCUGCCCUCCAGCCUGUGGCACCAGCUGACAAGGAUCUGAGGGAGCAUGCCCGACUGACUGCUAUGACAUCUGUGCCAACUUUCUGUUGACCACAAGAAAGCAUGAUAAAAAAGGGAAGCAGUUAUAAGACUUAAAAACUCUUCAUGGAUUGUCUGUUCUCCUAUAAAAACUGUUUUGUUGUACAAAAUACAUUGAUGUUAGGUUCUAUUAUAUUUUGCCUUCAGAAAAGAAAAAAAUAAACUUUUGUGUAUUGUA